AUGUCGAGGCGCAGAGGAGAGUUCGAACACCGCACAUCCAUCUUCGAGGGCGCAUUCCGUGCCUGGUCCCACCUGGGAGGUCUUGAUCCAGAAGAUCUGGAAUCGAAAUCACAGGAAUCACUAGAUCCACUGAGCAAUCCUAUUCAGAACGAUGUUCGAAUGAGCAGCAAAAUGAAGGAUGCUGCCUCAUCCGACCCCACCCGUCGAAUGUACCCAUAUGAACCAUUGCCACGCUCGGGUCUAGCUCACCCAUUUGUACAAGCUAUUCUGAGCCCUUGGUUGGGACCAGAUGCUGAUAAUGAUGCUAUCCAGUUGGGUCUUACAACUCUUCGAACAUGGUGGCAGCAUCGCCGCAAGGGAGAAAGUGGCUCUGCCGUUGCUGCUUUAGGUACUGAAAAGAUGAAGGGAGUGGUAGAGGGUUACACUCGCCAUUUCUUUCAGCUGUCCCAUUGCUUAAUAAUGAAUGAUAAAGAACAACCUCCACGUUCCCUUCAUGCUAAAAUGAAAGAACUGGACAAAAUGAGAAGCAAAGGGGGGCGAAGAAAGAAAGACGAUGGAACUGCGGCAAUGUCGAACAUCUCUAAGGGAGGACCUCUUGCAGCAAGUAUACACGCAGAUCUGACCAACAAGAAUUUAACGCCAUUGGAACAACUCCAUCGAGCGCAACAGAGAAAGCUUGCUGUGGAAGGAGGUAUUCAGGCUUGUCCACCACAGGCCAUGUCGUCUUCCAGCACUGUCCCUAUUAUUGAUAUCAAGAAUAAGUGUGUCGCAUCAGCGGUGAACUUGCCGGCCGUGGUAGAUGCUGUAAACCACGCGGCAAAUCAACUCGCACACAGUGGAGCUGCCAGAGCUGCAUCCACACCCAAUGUUGUUCCCAGCGCUGUUCUUUCAGGAGGAGAACCGCAGCAGAACGGACAAUACGGCGAUCCCGAUACAGUCCCUAUCAUUUUCAUAAGCGAAAACUCAGACAUCAUGGUGGCCAUGUCAGUCGAUGGAAUAACGUGUGCUCAUUGUGUAAAGAUCGUAGAGACAGUUCUAAAGGGAUGCAAUGGCAACAAGUCGCCCAUUGACGGACUUUUGGAUGCAGCUGCGGACCGGGUACUGUGUAGUGUCUUGUUGAAAAUCGACACUGUCGCAAACGCGAAACGCAUUGCUUUUGAAGCUGCCAGAAAUCUUGCAAUGGUUGGAUACACUGCCAAGGCCAAGGAAAUGAGUUCAUCAAUAGAACAAAACGGAAAGAAAACUGAUGUCCCUCCAGACAAGUUAUACAAGGCGUUCGCAGCUGUGGCACUUUCUGAUCGAAAAGAUGUUUUCGAUUGGAGCGCACCCUGCACAUGUCCAGACAACGGAGUGCUUCGAAAUGAUUGUCCAAGGCAUUCUCAAAUGAACACCAACAUUUUUGAGGCGUUUGACAGUAGAGGACGUCUUGUUUCUCAAUUCCUAUCAGGUGCGAAGCUCACUUCGUCAGUACCGCCUCCUGCAGCAGCCCCAGGGGUGCAGUUCCCAGAAAGGCAGCAACAGCCACUUGUCAGUUUUGAUACUUUUGCCAUGCAGAAUAAUAUGGGUGGAAAUAACCAGGGCAUGGGCGGAAUGAACGGACGAAACAACAUGAACCAAAACGCUGGAAUGGACAUGUUUCAAGGAAAUUUGAAUGAUGGUGGCGGAAUGAUGCACCAACGUGCACAACGAAACCCAUCCAUCAUUUCAUUUGGUGGAAGAAACAUGUCAUUUGCAUCAGAACGGUCGUAUGGCCGAGCAAUGUCUGGCCUAUCAGCUUUGUCGAUUGACUGGGAGAACAUGGAAGACUUUGAUGUGAAUCUAGACCACAGUGCUCACAUCAACAAUAACAUGCCGUCGAACAACAACGAUCCACUUGGAGGAAACGAUAUGAUGAUGGGUCCACCUAUUGGUGGGGGUGGUCGCGUUGGCAGACGAUCCAGCUUACGGCAAUCGUUCAUGAUAGGUGCCGGGGGCGCUGGUGCCAGCAGCAAUGUCAAUAACGCUUCCGACGGUGGCAUUUAA